CAUGACUCAGCAACAUUGUGCGCGUGUAUAAAAAGAGGAGAGGACCGAGUUCCUCUUCGUCCAGAUCACUUCUACACACACACGGGCUCAGACACCAGCGGGAAAACUCCACCAGAACCGACUUACAAGGAUGGCACCCAUCAUCAUCACAUACUUCGCUGUAAGAGGGCGAUGUGGUGCUCUGCGCAUCAUGCUCUCUGAUCUGGGCCAGGACUGGAAGGAAAAUGUGGUGAGCUUUGAAGACUGGAUGAAGGGAGACCUGAAGAGCACCUGUGUUUUCGGACAGUUGCCCAAGUUGCAGGAUGGUGACCUUGUCUUGUAUCAGUCAAAUACCUUUUUGAGGCAUCUGGGCCGCAAACAUGGUGCAUAUGGGAAGAAUGACAAUGAAGCUGCCCUGAUUGACAUGUGCAAUGAUGGAGUUGAAGAUUUGCGUAUGAAAUACCUAAAACUGAUCUACCAGGAAUAUGAAACUGGCAAAGACGCAUACAUCAAGGACCUGCCAAACCACCUCUCCAAGUUUGAGGCUCUUCUGCAAAAGAACAAAAGUGGAUUCCUUGUGGGCGAUUCGAUCUCCUUUGCAGACUACAGUCUGUUUGAGGUGUUGCUGAACCACCAGGUGUUGUGCGCCACCUGUCUGGACACCUUCCCUACCCUGAAAGGCUUUGUGCAACAGAUGUCCAGCCGUCCCAAAAUCAAGGCUUACCUUGACUCUGAUGCUUAUAAGAAACUGCCUAUCAAUGGUAAUGGCAAGCAGUAAUGCAGCUGAGCCUUAAUGUUCAAUGAAGGUCCACUCUUAAACUUUUGUUGUAAAUCUAACUGUCGCUACACAUAACUGUUGCUUUGUUUACCACAACUUUCUAUUUUCUAUAUGCAGACAAAUAGUUCUAUGAUGUAAUCUUUGAUCGUAUUGUCACUGAGUAACCCAUGCAUCAUUUAUUAAAAAUAAAAAAAUUAAACCAA